AAAUUGGCAAUAGUGCCGCCGAGUCUGGUGUUAAAUAAAACCUCACGGUCCCCUUUCCUGUAACGAACCGGCAUCGGAACGGCAGUGAGCGCUUUUCAUCAUCUUGAGCGUUAGCUAUAUCCAGCCAACUAUCCCGACCUUCUCACGGAAAGCGAUCCGUUGAGCAGGCGGAAUGGCAUCUGCUUCGCCCAUUGAGACGUUCCCGUCUGCCUCUAACGGCUCCAACAGCGGGAGUGCCUCUCCCCGACAACCUAUAACUCCGAAACAUGUUCAAUUCGAACUCCUCUUCCCCGAGUCCCCUCAAUAUCGCGCACGACUCCCAUUGCGUGUACAAAUCUACCCACACGAUGACACCGAAUCAAUAAUUUCGACCGUGAAGAAUUUCUAUGGCCUCUAUCACGGGGGUAAGGGUGUUAGUUUUGAAGAUGAUCGGGGUAAUACGCUUAUCGCGAGAUACGAGAACUUUAGCAACAAUAUGAUUGUCUAUGUGAGAGUCAUUGAGGAGUCUCCUCCACCCGCGGGAGCUUUUGGUUCAAAUGGUUUCCAACCGGCGCCAAUUGAGUAUGGUGGCCAACAAUUAGGGCAUCAUAUCUCAAGACCUACGUCGAGAACUUCUCGAAAGCGCAGUCCAUCUCCCAACGCAGCUCGCGGUAGACGUAGCGCGUCUGCUAGCACGAACCCUACGGCUGGGAAGAAGGGUCGCUCUCGCUCUACCAAGAAUCGCGGAGCGAACUACGAUAAUCGUAGUGAUAGUAUUAACGGCUACGAUAGUGGGGACGGCGCUCCUGCCUCUGUAUCUAGCAAGGCGAAGGAACAGAUUGGCAACACUGAUAUAAGCGUUGAAAAUAUCGUAGAAGGUGGUCGCCGAAAGCGCGCCAAGUUUGAAAGCUCCGAGCUGCCACUUUUUGCGCCACCUCAGAUACCUACUACCACAUCCAAUCCUUCGGUCUCCCCCGUCCGUCGUGUCGAGCAUCAACGACCUGCCUUUCCAUUUCCCCAUCCCGGACAGAACGCUUUCACAAAUGCUCGAGCUCUUCAAUCACCCCAGAGUUACAGCAAUGGAUAUGGUCAAGCAGGCAUGUUCGCGACACCUAUGAGUGACACUCGUCGUCAUCGCGGCAGCAUCGGCUACCCGGGCAAUGGUAGUGGCAUCUUACCGACACCCGACCCAACUAUUGGAAGCUGUGUGUCUGAGGAGGAUAAAGAUGUAGCAAUCCAGCUUAUGAGACUGGGUGAAAUGUCCAACAUUUCCCACGGUAGAACUUCUGCCUCAACAUUGGAUGAUACCUUUAGCGGCAAAGCCGAUGUCGCAUCGUCAACCGGUGCAACAAGCGACGCUGACAGCGAAAGCGAAAGCGAGCUACCGCCUUCGCGUCGCCAGAAGCUUGACCUCUCUGGUACCAAUCGCAAGAUUUAUCACACAGCCCACAACCACUUCAUUCCGUCGCGCGAAAGCGUCGAUGCUAGCGGCGAUGACGCUGACUACGAGGACGGCGCUGAAGAUGGCCCUCUUGGUGUCCCUAAACUAAGCGAGCCUAAGCCUAAGACCCAGCAACCCGGGAAACCCCAAGCACCGGGCCCUAAGGCGGUGAAAGCUAAGGCACCUAAAGUUCCAAAGGUUACUAAGGCCAAGAAGGUGGCUGCCGUCGCCGGUGUCAUCGGCCCUAUGUCGCCUGCAUCUCUACCAAACCAGUCGCGCAAGCCCUCAGUCGCAUCGACCACGGCAGCACCGGGACAAGCUGGCGAGGACGAUCAACCAGACCUAUCUACUAAGCCGCGCUGCCAGCGAUGUCGCAAGAGCAAGAAAGGUUGCGACCGUCAGCGACCGUGCGGCCGAUGCCGUGAUGCCGGUCUCAGCGCUGACCAGUGCAUUAGCGAAGAUGAGGGUAACGGCCGAAAGGGUCGCUAUGGCCGUCACAUGGGCGUUCCCAUCAAGACGGCUGAGGUUGCUGGCCCACCCACCCUAUUGCCUGCCGCCCCCAUUACGGCUCCUGCAGUAGCAGGUGACAAAAAUAAGAAGCGCAAGCGAUAGGUCACCUGAUCUAUAAGCAAUGCGCCCAUUAAUGUCACGAAACUUGACAAUACAUACCUACACAUAUCGUGCAAGUCGGACAAGCGCUGUCUUUUUUCGUUUUCUAUUUUUUUUCCUAUCGCAUCCACAUCGAUGGUUGCGAGUCAAAUCUGUUAGCAUCAGCUUUGCGAAAUCCCAUCGCCUGCUAGACAUAUCUAUGUCGCUAGCACUACACUACAAUAUACACUACAUAAUAAACUCACAUGUGGUGCACACGUUUCGUCACUGGUGCGAGACAUGGGCGAUAACUAUGGAGGGAGGAGUCGGGGUGUGUUGGGAGGUUAUCUUGUUCCCCUUCGUCGGAGUUUUUAUUCC